UAAGCAGUCGCGACGCGAGAGAGCACAGUCAAGGUGGACUAUGCUCGCGAAAUGUAGCAAUGCUCGCGUACUCCAUGGUUAUCGCACAUGGAAUGAGUUCUAGUGUGUAAUGUGACGGUCUCUUUUUAAGUAUUUCAGCUAAAGAAAGUGUUAAAUAACCGGCAAGAUGUAUUACUCUUCGGAGAGUUCGGAUAGUGAGAACACGGCGGAGUCCCAUAGCCUGGACUUCUCCUACCUGAUGCUGGACACAGACUCUCUCGCGAUGCAUUUGAGGAACAGCGUGCGCGAGCAGCAGCUGAACAGACAAGAACAAGCCAAACAAUACGUUACGGCAUGUGAUAAAUCAACGGAAACUAGUCAGACGAACUGUGAUAGUGGCACAAGGCCGCGGAAUUCUGAGCCUAGACAAGAUGUGGACUACAUGAUGGCCAGACUAGUCGUUUCUUCUGCCGAGGCUGACGACCAGGACGAGGAUAGUGGUUGUGAUACAGUCACUGAGAAGUUGUUCUUGCAGCACAACAUGCUUUUAACAUUACCCUUUGAAGUAGUUAAGUUUACUAAUCUGAAGAUGCUAGAUCUGUCUAACAACAGCUUAACACAUGUGAAUGACUUCGUGUUGCAUCUUCCGGAGUUGCAAACUUUGUAUCUCCGCAACAACAAUUUGACAGAUGAUUCACUACCUAAAGAACUGUCAACUCUUUCAAAACUAAGAGAACUAAAUUUGAGUGGGAAUCAGUUGACUGUGGUGCCAAGUCAACUCUAUGAGAUGAGUACGUUAAAGUACCUGUACCUCGGAAACAACAUGAUAACAGAAGUCUUACCAGACAUCAGAGCCAUGCAAGGAUUGCAAGUGCUUCAUCUUGGGGGAAACUGCCUGGAGUCCGUCCCAGAUGAGUUGGGGGAACUACAGCAGCUCGGAGCACUAGUCUUGUGUGACAACCGCCUGUGCAAUCUUCCACGAGCAAUCUCAAAUCUCACACGCCUGCGUUCUCUCCUCCUGCACAAAAAUAAUCUGUGCUGUCUUCCGGUUGGGGCCGUCAAGCUAAGAAGUUUAACAGAGUUGAGUCUUCGAGACAAUCCCCUCGUCACACGGUUUGUCAACUCUUGUGCACGGGAACUCAUGUACAACUCGCCCACACUGUUAGAGCUGGCAGCCAGAGUUAUAAAGCUGAAGAAGAUUCAGUAUACGAAUGAGGAUCUCCCACAAACCCUCAUCACGUAUUUGAGUUCUGGACAGAGAUGUGUGAAUCCCAAAUGCAAAGGCAUGUACUUCACAUCCUGCGUGGAACAUAUAAAAUUUGUUGACUUCUGUGGAAUGUACAGAGUGCCUUUAAUGCAUUACCUGUGUUCAUCACGUUGCUCCUCCAAGACGCCAGCUUACUACAGAGCUUCAUCUUCAGAGUCUGAGAGCGAAGAAGACGAACAACCAGCUGCUAGGAUGAAGAGAGUUUUGCUGGGAUAAAUUUGAUCUGCGAGUGUUCUGCAGCCUAAUCUUGACUGCAUGUGAUGGGAAAGUAGACAGUUGAGAGAUAGUGUUGAGACUUAGUGGUAUUGAGAUGAAUGAAUAGUCCUUAGUGACGUGUGGUGUGUAAUGCCUUUGUUACAGAUGAUGAUAGAAGUGACUGAAGACUAAUUGCCAGAUAAUCUCAAGGGGUGGGAGUUUCUGAUGAAGGAAGUUUGCAGUUGUGUUUGUGUGGAAAAGUCCCUUACUGUUUGAACUAUCUUUAUGGUUCCAAGUCCAAUAUUGAAGACUAGAUUUAGUUUUUUAAUGCCUGAUUGUUUGCAGUAUGUCAUCUCUGAUUAUCAUACAUCUGCCACAAGUUAGAGUAGAACAUGAAAAAUACAUGAUAUUCAAAGAACAUAUUCAUCAGAAUCUGUGUGCUAAAAGUUUGACAGCAAUGGCUUUUUUAUGUAUUAUAGUGGUGUGCUGAUAAAAAAUUUACACAGAAUAAUUGUAAUGUCACAUUACAGCAGAAUAGAUUUUUAUAACAUAAAAUCUCAGGAAUGAGAUUGAACCAUCAUCAUUGUUCCAC